AUGGCAAAGAUAGUCCUAAGUAUAUCGGUGUCAUUCGUGUGUCUUAUAAUCGCGGCAGUACCCACGAAUAAAAUCCUAAUGCUGGAGAGUCAGUGUGGCAACAUUAAUCGCAGCUAUUUUUCUAAUUUCACGAUGUUGGUAAAAAACUCGCAGAUGAAUUUGGAAUUUUUUUUGUUACGGGUUUUGGUCCCGGGUAUCACAAUGGACAUGGAAUUCUUUAUUAGCAUGCAGAACUCCUAUAAGUUUCAGAAAAUUUUCCAAUAUACGCUGGAUAUGUGCAACCUUCUGGCACAACGAAGAAACAACAUGUUCAAAAAAUGGUUUGCGACAUUCUUCAAUGCAGGUAACUUUAAAAAAUAUUGCCCGGUCGAGCCCAACUUUUACUACCUGAAGAACUACAACUAUAACACGCUAUUUAUUCCGAAGUUUUUAUAUGCUGGAAAGUAUAGAGUAAAAUUUGACAUGAACCAAAUAAGAAAAAUUGAUGGUAUCCGAUACUUUGUGGUGGGGUGUGCAUUCGAAGUUGAAAUAAAGUAA